GGUCGCGGUAGGCGAGGCAGGAUGAGGUAGAGUAGAAGGUGGGCGGGGUCGAUGGCCUGGCUCUGCUUCUGGAGCUGGGCACCCCGCUGUGCUGUCACGGCUGUGGCCACAGCUUCUGGAGUAGCCGGUGUCUGCUAGCUCCUCCCGUGGGCUCAAGGUGCGCUGCUCGGCGGGAGGCGGGGCUGCGAGGCGCCCGGUACUGCGCGAGGCUCUGCGUGCCCUGCCCAUAGACGGGUGGCAGCACAGCCCCGGGGCUCGUCUUUUCGGGGUGUCCUCCACAAGCCGGGCUCCGGGGCGAUGGUGGACGUGCUGAGCGGGCGGCGCCUGGUGACCCGCGAGGGCGCGGUGGUGGAGGCGGAGGCGGCGCUGCAGAACAAGGUGGUAGCUCUGUACUUUGCGGCCGGCCGGUGCUCGCCCAGCCGCGACUUCACGCCGCUGCUCUGCGACUUCUACACGGAGCUGGUGAGCGAGGCGCGGCGGCCCGCGCCCUUUGAGGUGGUGUUCGUGUCCGCGGACGGCAGCGCGGAGGAGAUGCUGGACUUCAUGCGGGAGCUUCACGGCGCCUGGCUGGCGCUGCCUUUCCACGACCCUUACAGGCAUGAACUGAAGAAGAGGUACGACAUCACAGCCAUCCCCAGGCUCGUGGUCAUCAAGCAGAAUGGAGCCGUCAUCACCAAGAAAGGGCGGAAGCAGAUCCGGGAGCGCGGGCUGGCUUGCUUUCAGAACUGGGUGGAAGCAGCCGAUGUUUUCCAGAACUUCUUGGGGUGAAUCUGGAGAGACCAGGGCAGGUGCUUGCUACAAGUGCAGGGCAGAUGCCUUCCAAGAGGGAGUUACCAGUUUUCUUCUCUGUUGAUGGAUUUCGUAGUAGAGGCACUGGAGCAGGCCAGAGGAUAGACACUGCUCAGGAAAGAACUACGCCCUCCCUCCAUGGGUCCUAGAGUUCCUUUGGAGUGCACUUUUGUUUCUUAUAGCUUUCUCCACCUGUGCCUAGGCUCCAGGACACAUCAACAGUGUGCUAUCAGAGAUCUAUGCAAGAUGCUCAUUCCUUCAGGCUUCUUCGAUAAAUUGAUCUAUGAAGUGAUGCAUUUUCUGAUGACCUGUCACAUUUUAGAGAUGCUUUGGUAAGCAUAUUUAUUAAUCAAGUUUGUAGACUGUGUAGUUUAAUAAACCAACAUUCAUACCUUGA